AUGGAAGCGGUCCGGGUCCCCGUCCAGGGCCCCGCCCACAGCCUGCAGGGCGGAGGCAGAUCCUGCGGGAGGUGCUGGCUUUGCGGACCCACCUGGAGGUCACGUGUCCGGGGAUCUCGGGCGCUGCCAAUCAGAGUAGGGCUGGGCCGGGACCAAUCCCAGGGCCAGGGUGGGGCUCCGCGCCCUGCCCAGGCGGAGCCUCCGGUCGCCCCGCGCUCCCGCCCUGACCCUGGCGCCGACGCAGCGGUCGGCGCAGUGGCCCCUGCUCUGGCGGCGCAGAUGGGCGAAGCGGUGGCCCGGAAGGUUCUCCGGUACCGGCGCGACGAGCCGGGCUGGAAGAUUUGCCGGGAAGGCAAUGGUGUUUCCGUUUCCUGGAGGCCGUCUGUGGAGUCCAGGGGACCUGUUCCGCGGGGAAGGUGUGUGUGGGGCCUCGUAAAGCCCCUUCCUGGGAGCCUUCGAGAGAAGUGGGAGGAGAACGUGACCAGCUCUGAGAUUAUCCAAAGCAUCACUGAUGUAACGUGCGUCACCAGAACGGCCACCCCCACAGCCGCCAUGAAGCUCAUCUCACUAGACUUCGUGGACUUGGCGCUCACUGGUCAGGAGUAUGAGGACAGCACCCUCAGUUCCAACGCUGCUAACGUGGACCACGCGCUGCGCCCACCGAGGCCAGGGCGUCGAGGGUUUAACCACUCGUGCAGCUGCUUCUGUGAACCUGUGCCAGGGUAAGGACAGUCUCCUGGACUGGAUGGCAUGCUCAGAGUGGACUGUGGCUCCAGGGUGGACACUACUCAGUGGGCACAGAAUUAGAUACCUGACAGCUCUGUGGUGACGUCACCGAUCACUGUCACACUCACGCCAGUGACAUACGAGGCAGGAGCCCCAGCCCCAUGGGAAGGAAUGGGGGAGACAUUGUUGUCAUUGCUGUUGCCGUGGGGAUCUCCCUCCAGCCCCAGGCAAGCUGGGCAGAAGUUGUCCUACUCGACAGGUCUGGGGGUCUGAGUGCCAGCCUUCUGUGCUCGCUCUGAGCUCUGUGCAGCGGCCUGGAGUGGCUGGGGGCCCCGGCGCCCCCUCCACUCUCCGCAGUGCUGGGUCCCUCACUGGCAGUGGGCUGGAGGGGCUCUGACAGCACUGAGCUCAGGGGCAGCCUGUCCCCACGUGCUCACGCGUCAUGGGCAGCUCGUCAGCAAGAGCUUUCUGUGUACUCACCUGAAGGUCAGUACUUUGUCCUGGAAGCAGCCAGGUUGGCAGUGAAAGAACCUGUACCUGUUCCUGCAGAGGGAUGAGCAGGGCCAGAGUCCCUGAGGUGCGGCAGGUUUGGGGCAGUGA